AUGACCACCGGCAUGACACCGCUUAUGUAUGCGGUUAAGGACAACAGGACAUCCUUCGUGGAGCGACUCAUAGACCUCGGAUCAGAUGUCGGUGCCAGAAAUAAUGACAAUUAUAAUGUAUUACACAUAUCAGCAAUGUACGCCCGCGAGGAUGUCGUCAAGCUGUUGCUAUCCAAGAGGGGAGUCGACCCGUUUGCCACAGGAGGGAGCACCAAUGUGGAACCUGAUGCGGAGUUCCACAUUUCGUUCUUCUAA